AGAGAAGAGGAGCGCAGCACAGUGAGUAUGAAAAGACACAGAGUGCUGCGCAGACAGAGACUGCAAAUAUGAAGCAGCACAGAACAAUUUAUAUGCUUGAAAAGGCUGCAGCAGAACUGACCACUGAUGAGGUUUGUCACAAAUUGAAUCCUUGGAAUUCUAAUAUUUAUGAUCCAAACAUGCAAACAGACAAAGUUCAGUGAAGCUUGCAGACCCUCAGCAUGGGAUCUUUGUGGAAUAUUUAUCUUCUUUUCCCCCUUUCAUUCCCUCUCUCACUUCACGCUGCUGCUUUUACUGAAGAAAACGCCAAAGAUAGACAAGAGACAGACAACGACAGAGCGAUGCGGUUUCUUACACAGCCUGUACAGAAACCUCACCAAUCAAGUUUAGCACAAGAGAGUUUUAUGUUUAGAUCUGAGAAUGUUGAGUUCCCAAGUCACCCCUUGAGUUGGCCUUUAUCAUCAUCUGAGGACUUGGACAGGCAAGGUGUUAUUGGUGAAUACAGUGACAUUCAGGAGGGCACAGAGACAUCUCUUUUAUAUCAUUAUGAUGGAGGACUCACAUCAAGACCUUUAGACAUUCUGACAGAGGAUACCACCCUCAUGGAGAGUGCGCAAACAUCUAGAUCUUCAUCAGGAAAAGCUCCAUAUAAUCCUACAAAGAAACAAACAUUUAAUUUUCUGUCAACUGAUGAAAGCAGAGCGUCCACAGAGCAUCCUGCACAAAUCAGACAGAAUGAGCCAACAUUGCAAAAUGAAAUUUCUGAUAUCCAUUUUGCUUCGCCUUUUUCUGAUUCCCUUUCAUCACCCAUACUUAAUUGGAACUCAACCUCAUCGCCAUUUAUUGGACCAAAUAACAACCCUGAGCAACAAACUCCAUCACCAACUAUAAACAAUGAGGGAUGGACUAAAGGCAUUCCUAUUUCUACACAGGGGAAACAAAAUGGGACAAAUCCUAUUUCAGAUACUAUUUUAAUCAGAGAAACAGUCAGCACAGACGGAACCAGAGAUGAAUCCAAGAUCCUAAAGGCCACUGGCUCGCUGUUGCAUGAGGGUAACAUGGAUUUAUCCACCACACCCUGUAAAACAUCAGAUCAGUCCUGGACUCCCACCUACCCAGAGGAUUUUACACCAAGUGAACCCUUGCUCCCGUCUCUGGCUCUCAGCCCUUCCCUUUUGGUGCCUCUGUAUUCAGACUGGAACUCUGCCUUUGCAACAUGGGGAUUUGCAUGGGAAGCACACAUCUAUGGUCUGGGAUCUGUUUUCACUUUAAUUUGUCUAAUCUCUGUGGUUUGCCUGUUAGGCUUGCCUCUACGGUGCCCCCCUGGAAUUGGAUUUUUUAUAAUGCUGCACUUCUUCAUUCUGGCAUUUGCAGGGAUCCAAGGCUUCGGUUUGCUGUAUGAUGCUUACAGUUCUCAAGACCGCCUUCCCCUUCUGGUCACUCAGCUGCUCUCAGAAUUACCAAUGCCCUGUUUGAUAUCAGCCUUCUCCUUGGCCUUUUUCCUUCUGUCUUUGCAUUCACGCAGCUAUCUGUCACUCCCACUUGCUAUUUCUACCUCAUUCUCAGCCUUACCUAAGCCUUGCUUUUUACUGUGUGUGUGCCUGUUGCAUUUCAUGAUCUCACUAGGAUGUGUUGGACUCCUCCAGUUCUUCCAUAGUCUCCCAACUGUGAUCAUAUUAUUCCCUCAGGGUUUGUUUGUCUUCCUAACUAUCUUUCUUUCAUUCUCCUACCUCGUCUUUUACUGCUUGAAACAAGUAAACACAAAACACAUUUACAGGCUGAAUGACAAUGGAGAGACUGGGGGAUCACCAGAAGUGGUACGACCUGUUAUUUGCCCUUUUUCCAAAGUAGAAGAUUGGAAUAGAGCAGCAGGAGCCGGGAUAGGAAGUUCAUUGUGCUUGUUAGGAUGUGGUGGUCUUCAGCUAUAUGGAAUCCUACAUGCUCUUGGCUUUGAUGGGGUUGCUGGUUUCGGGUUUCAGCCAUGGCCUUGGUGGGGCUACCAGAUUGGCUGCAGGUUCUGUGAGAUUGGAGCGUGUCUCGGUUUGUGCAUUAUUGGCACACAUCCUCUGUUCUGUAACAGCAACUCUGCUCUGCAAACUUUAAGUAAGCCCAGGCCAGGAUCCUGGUCCCGUCUAUCCUGUAGCUCCCCUUUGAGAGGACACAGUGUCCCCUCACAGGAAGAGGCAAACUCUCCUGCCCUUUCCACUCAUGAAUCCUGGUCCCAGAUUAAGCAGGAAAAGCUGGUGGUCUGUGAUGUUGACUCCAAGAAGCAGUCAGAAGCUCUUCCUCUUUGUUCAGUGGUUGACAAUCCUGCAAUAAAAGUAGAUUUGGCAAACAAGUACAGCCUAAGCCAGAGUACUCUACCUUUACAUACACCUCAAAACCCACCAAACAAAUCUAAAAAUGCAGAUGAGUUCCAGCUAUCAACACUGUAUAGUGUAGGUACAGAUAGUGACUCAACGGUGGACCUCCGACCCCCAUCUCCUAUAGACCUGUCCCGCAGUAUUGACCAAGCUCUAUUUAGUGAGUCUUUAUUUUCUCACAGCAUUUUUAGUCCGCAAAGACUGUUCCAUACUUCCUCAAGUGUUUCAUUGAGCUCUCCUGGCCAAGGGACUUUAAACCAAGGGCCCAUAUGUGUUGGAGAAACUCUAUACCGGGCCUCAUCUUGUGGAGAUGUGGAUCAAGAGAAUGCCAAGUCCAGUUCCAGAGCUUCUCAACCACAAGGGAGUUUGAUGUCUCACAGGAAAGCACCAAUGUUAACAGAUCAAACGGACUUUGAAAGGAGCAUUAUGGGUUCAACCCAAGGUUUGUGCAACUAUCCAAAACAAUCUGGAAAGUUGCGUUCAAAUUCGUGGACAAACAGGGGGCAAAAUAUUGCCCAGAGCAGCUUUCCAAGAGGAAUACCCUCUCUGUCUUAUCACAGGAGAUACAGAACCCUGAGCUUGGCCUCCCAAAACAGUCAGGGCUCUGAUCGGAUAGCAGCGACUAAGCACCUUAGUGAAAGCAAACAACUUGAAUGGGAUAUUGCUGUACAAGCCGAGUUUGUUAAUGUGUGCAAACAAAUUGAUGCCCUGAGUAUGUGCAGUGACACCAUUGAAUUGUAAAAGAUUUACAAUAACACAUAAUGUUAAUAGUGUACAUUUUACUAUUCCUCUCACAUGCAGUAUUUCCAUUACCAUAGGUCAGAAAGCAGAUUCACACUAGAGAUUCUAAGAGAUAUUGCAGUAAAUAUAGGAAGAAACAUUUCAGUACUACUUUCUUUAAAAUAUAUUUGUAUUUGACAUAAUGUAGUGUAUAUUCCCAGCCUUAAUCAUCAAACAGUCCUUUGUCUGCAAACAUACAGAUUAGAGGUACAUUAUGGUAUUGUACUGACUAUCUGUAAACAACAAAACAACUUUUAACUGAAGCAGAAUUAAAUGUUUUCUUAUUUAUAUCCCAAAAUACAUAAAACUUUACAAUAAAGCCUGAAUAUUCACUUAAAAAAACUUUUAUUUUGCUAUUUACAACCAAAUUAAAAAAGUAUGUUUUAUUUAGAUGAAAAUUAAAACAAUGUUGCCAAAAUGUCAGUGGGAACAACAGAUAAAUAAAGUCAACUGGAUUUAGAGUUGCACACAUCUCAUUAAUAGAUUAGUAAUAGAUACUUGAAAGUGUAUAUAUGGUAGCAAAAAUAUUAACUA